AUGCGCAUCUCAACCAUAUCUCUCCUCGCUCUCCCCCUCCUCGUCUCAGCCCAAGAAUCUCCCCUCGACCAAGCCAAAGCUCAAGCCCAAUACUGGUUCGGCAAACUCCAAUCCUACAUCCCUUCCCCCUCAUCCACCACGCCCCUCGAAACCUCUGUCCUAAAAGUCGGCUCCGCAAAGAUUCACCACCUAACACUCGACACCUGGCACGACACCAUCCGCGGCAGCGUCAACCCAGAGUCCUCCUCGCUCCCUCAAGAAUGGUGGGUCCUAACCACCGGCGGAAACAAAACCUGUUUUGGACUCUGCGACAAUGUCGAACGAGCAUUCAAUGAAUCCGCCGCUAUAUUUUCGCUCGAUUCAACCGCGCCUGAUUUAGCCAUCUUGAACUGCGACGAGCAGCCCGUCCUAUGUAAUUCCUGGGGCGCCGGUCCACCACAUUUAUGGACAAUGGAGGUUGGGGUUCCGGGCUCCCCCGUUCCUAUCAUCACACUUCCAUUGAACACCACUACUACGAAUGUGAAUACAUUCACGAAUUUACAUGCGACGAAAUCAUACAAGAAAAAGGCACCUUAUGAGGGGUGGUUCCAUCCUUUCGACGGACCACUUGCGCAAUAUGGUGCUGCGGUUCCCGCUGGAUAUGUACUUUGGUUCUUUUCCGUUGUUCCUAGCUGGAUGUUCAUGAUUGGUAUUUCAUUCGUGAGCAGAACCAUCAUGAGCAAGCGAACACAAGGACCAGGUGCAGCUGCCGCUGCUGCUGCUCGUCCUCGUGCUGCUCCUGCUGGAGAUGGAGUUGCUUAUUAA